CAGAGGCCACGCCCGCAGAGCUUUAAAAGGUACAGGCGCUGCCGACCCUACUGCCAGACUCCCGCCGCAGUUUCUGCGAGCUGUUCUCGAUCGCUCAGCGUGGUCCUCCUUCCGAUUCGAGAUGCCUGUCUGGGGAGGCGGCAACAAGUGCGGGGCCUGCGGGAGGACCGUGUACCACGCCGAGGAGGUGCAGUGUGACGGCCGGAGCUUCCACCGCUGCUGCUUUCUGUGCAUGGUCUGCAGGAAGAAUUUAGAUAGUACAACAGUGGCAAUUCAUGAUGAAGAGAUCUACUGCAAAUCCUGCUAUGGAAAGAAGUACGGGCCAAAAGGCUACGGGUACGGCCAGGGCGCGGGCACGCUCAACAUGGACCGGGGCGAGCGGCUGGGCAUCAAGCCCGAGAGUGUUCAGCCUCACAGGCCGACAACAAACCCAAACACUUCUAAAUUUGCUCAGAAAUACGGAGGUGCCGAGAAGUGUUCCAGAUGUGGGGAUUCCGUAUACGCUGCUGAGAAGAUCAUUGGAGCGGGAAAGCCCUGGCACAAAAACUGUUUCCGAUGUGCCAAGUGUGGGAAGAGUCUCGAGUCAACAACUCUGACUGAGAAAGAAGGUGAAAUCUAUUGUAAAGGAUGCUAUGCGAAGAACUUUGGGCCCAAAGGAUUUGGCUACGGCCAAGGAGCAGGAGCCCUUGUUCACGCUCAGUAGAGGUGCAAACGCAGAACCGAGAAAAAUCACACACUGAGAAUCUACAUAAUCUAGGCACAGAUAAUCUAACACUAAACUACUGUGAAAUUCUACAGUACUGAAGUACUGUAUGUUGCCCUGUACUUGGAUAGGCUGGCUGACUAGUAGGAAGACAGGACUAUAUCUUUUCACUUUAUUCAUCAGUAUUUCAAGAACUAUUUCUUUUACAUUUUAAAUAAAACUUCAGCUUGAUUUGGG